CUAAUACAAACACCGAAUCGGUUCUGAAAGCAAGGUACCCUCAACGUAAAAUUUUAUGAGCAUUCUCGUCUGAUAACAACGCUGUUACCAUCAUCCGCCAAGCGAGUAUAAAUAAGAAAAAUGUAAAUGUCCAAGUUCAUGGCCUACUCAAUACCCGGCAUUAAUUGUUCAACCAAGUAAGUCUCGCGACAACUGGAAGGAAGCUGCGGGUGCGCGUCUUUGAUUAGAUGGCGUAGACGCGUGGCAAACCUUACGUAUGUCUCCCCAGGCACCCUCGUCGCGGCGUGGAAUUGGCCUCUCGCGCGAGACGCGUUCACCUCACUUAAGUGUUGGUCCAGCGUGGAGACAAGCGUGUUUUAGUCCCCUCGUGCGUCAGCGGUGAGCGUGUUUUGGAUUUCGACCGCGUCUGCGGUAAGCCCAGGAAACCACGUAUGUCUCAUACAUGACGCCGAAGUACGGCGGAGAAAAUGGAGCGACUCAGAUCAAGAUAUUUGGCCGAGGGUUUGCGGUUCAAAUGACAUUCCCAGGAGAAGAUCCACGUAAAGAGGCGUUUCUUGUCAACUCAGUCAACCAGUAUAUUUGUGACAUCCACGAAGCUGAAAGUGAUGAAACACAAACUGUUUGCUACACAAGAGAGAUGACACAGGGAACAUACUACAUUCGAAUGAAAUUAAAUGGAGUGUGGUUGGAAAACAGUCAUUACUGCAACAAUGAUUAUACAAGCUGGAAUUGUAGAUUUCAUGUGAACAAUGGACACACUCCAUUGGUUCAAUCAUUGAAUGCAACCACACUGGAACCUCAAUCUCUGAUUAAAGUUCGGGGCCGAAUCUUCACAAACAAAAUAAGCUCCGCUGUAGCUGCAGCAACAAACGGAAAAACUUCAAAUAUAGCCAGAAUCUGGUUGACUUCAGGGCAAUGUGAUCACUUGAAAGACACCGACGUUCCGUAUGACCUCUCCCUUGAUGGAACACAUUCAGACUGGGGAUCCAUCACUUGCAAGAUCAGAAGCAAAUAUGUUGGCAACCAAAACUUUUCCUUCAUCGUCAGUGAUGGAUUUGGACGAUCGCGGCCGUAUGGAUCAACCAAACAUCUAAGUGCAGAUAACAGGAUCUACAUGCUACAGACCUAUGCAGUUGUGACGGAUGUGUCACCAAAACAAGGGAGCACUGCUGGUGGGACCAUGCUUACUAUAUCUGGGAGAAACUUUGAUGAUCAAUCUGGGAUCAGAGCUCGAGUAUUGGUUGGAGGGGUAGCUUGCACAGUGACAAGCGUCACUGACAACCAAAUCAUUUGUAAGACUGCCACCGAACCUGUGACAAACAAGAGUGUCUACGCCGGGGGUCGGGGGCUAAAGGUGGAGGUUUUCCCGGCCAUUACUGAUAUUGAUGGAACAUUGAACACCACCGUGUCCGGUUACUUCACUCGCCACACUGACAAAUCUGAGUCUGGAUCCAUCAAUGGAAAUAACUUUGUCUCCCGUACCCGAGGUUUCUAUUUCCCUGCUGUCACUGGAGGGCAUAUAUUUCAUCUCACCGCUGACGACAGGGCAGACCUUUAUAUUAAUACUAAUGGAGAGGAUGAAGCUGGAAAAGCAAAGAUAAUCACAUCUGGUGGCUACAGUGCUUCGGUAACAUUACAAGCAAAGACUCCACAUUUCUUUGAGAUCCGCCACCUCCAAGGGGGUGGGGGUGCUAACUUUAAACUGAGGGUAAAGGUUGACACUACCAAUUACACACCAGAAAACACAGCUCUUGCAGUCACUGAAGUUCAAAACAUUGCCAUCACAUCCCAAGUUGAUCAGGAGCAUCAGUCAAUCUCACUUGAGGACUGGGUUGAACAGACUUCUGUAUCGUCGCAGUGGACCAUUGAGACAACAUGUAAUAUCAGUUCAUGCAUUGGACAUUCGUUCACCAUCACUGUGUUUAAGACUUCAACAGAUCCUAUUUGGUUUGGAGCCUCAGAGAUCGAAGUAAAGUCUGCGAUUAUGUCCUUGAUUGCCAUAAAUGAUGAAGCUGUCAAUGUGACGCAUGCAAAUGGAACAUAUAAUGUCACUUUUGAAACUACCAGAGGGCAAUAUGAUUUCAGCGCCACCAGUAACAGUCCCGACUUAUUGGUGACAACUACAGAGGUCCAGGCUGGCAUACCAAAGUUAGACACCUUCACCCUGACUGUUGAUGGAUACAUAUCGGCACCAAUUGCUUACGAUGCUCCUGCUUUGGUUGUUACUAAUGCCAUCUAUGGUUUGUUUGGGCCAAGAUGUCCGAAUGAACUUGGACCAGCAUUGGCUAAGAAUGCUUUCAAGCAUUUUGAUUAUGAGACAAACAGUGGUGUUUAUUCUGGUGGUAUUUCAAGUGAGAAUUCAUUUUGUGGAACCCGUUCACUUAAAAAUCCAAGGUUUCUUUUCAACCAAUGGAGUCAUUCUUACAUGAACGCAAUUUAUAAAAAGGUUUGCUUUGCUUAUAUUGGAGACAUCAACAGCCACCUAUGGAUAAGUUACCUGUUUGAAGAUGUUGACAAUGAUAAUGCCGUCGUGCAACAAUAUCUUGUUCCGUUCAAUGGGCUGGGAUUGGAAGACACAACAAUAUGGAAACACGUCUGCAUUGAUGUAGAACAGCUUCUUAAAGGGAGACACGCAAAUGGUUACAACUUUAUGGUUCAGCAACUUUACAUCUCGCAUGGUUCAGAUCCCAGAUACUGACCUCUAUGUUGAUAACUUCUUUAUUGCUAGCUCUGUCAAU